AUGAUUUUUAAGAGGUGGCCAGUGCUUAAUAAUUAUGAUAGUGCCGCUAAUGGUAGAAUUUGGGUCUCUUGGAAUCCAAAUGUAUUGGAUGUCAAGCCUAUUGCUUCUAGUGCUCAAGCCAUUCAUUGUGAAGUGGUUAAUCUAACUUCAAGUGAGUGUUUCAAUUUUGUAGCUGUGUAUGCUUUUAAUACCUUGGAACAAAGGAAGGAGCUUUGGAAUUUUAUUGCUCAUACUAGUGCUCAAAACUCUAGAAAUUUGUUAAUAGGUGGUGACUUUAAUAAUGUGUUGUUGGUUGAUGAUAGGCGUAAUGGUAAUCCAGUGACUCAACAUGAGAUUCAAGAUUUUUCCGAUUGUCUGCUGCAUAAUAGGCUAUCAGAAGUGAGAACAAUCGGAGAUUAUUAUACUUGGUGUAAUAACCAAACUAGUGGAGAUAGAAUAUAUUCUAAGAUAGAUAGAUUUAUUGCUAAUACUAGUUGGCUGCAAAAGUUCACCAAUGCAGUGGACGAAGUGCUUCCUAAAGGAGCAUCUGAUCACUGUCCUAUAUCUAUGGAUAUGUCUUGUCCUGCUUCUCCUAAGAAUACUCCUUUUAGAUUUAUUAAUGAUUUGACUGACCAUCAUCUUUUUCCUGCCUUGAUACAAGAGAAAUGGGGUCCGAAUUUGCAUACUAAUCUCUUGACUAAUAUAUGGUUCAAGUUGAAAGCCUUGAAAAAAGAUCUAAAAGAGUUAAAUUCUACACAUUUUCAAGGUAUUGCCAAAAAAGUUGAAGAUGCUAGAACUGCUUUAGUUGACGUCCAAAGGCAGCUUAGUUCAGAUCCGAUGAAUCUUGAUCUCAUUGAAGCUGAAAAAGUUUGUUUGUCCUCUCUUGAAAAGUGGAGUACUAUAGAGGAGAAGAUAUGGAUGCAGAAGUCUAGAGCUAAUUGGAUUCAGCUUGGGGACUCGAACACUAAAUUUUUCCAUGCCUAUGCAAAGGAAAGAAGAUGUCAGAAUAAUAUUAAGUUCCUCAUAACAGAAGAUGACACCAGAAUUGACAAGCAUAACCUCAUCAAGGAGGAGAUUAGAGGGUUCUAUUUAAAAUUGAUGGGUAGUUCCGUUGAUUCAUUACCUAUGGUGGACAAAAAUAUUGUUAAAAGAGGUCCUAUGUUAUCUCAGCACCAACAAGACUUGUUGUGCUCCGAGUUCACAGCUGUGGAAGUCAAAAAUGCGUUAUUCUCCAUGGACUCUUCUAAAGCUCCAGGUAUUGAUGGUUACAAUGUUCAUUUCUUUAAAUGCUCUUGGAACAUUAUUGGUGAUAGUGUCAUUGAUGCUAUAUUAGAUUUCUUUAAGACUGGAUUCAUGCCUAAAAUUAUUAACUGUACUUAUGUGACUUUACUCCCCAAAGAAGUUAAUGUUACAUCGCUUGUUGUUCAGUGA